CAAUCACCUGCCAGCUUGUUCUCCUCCCCCAUUUUCUUAAUCCGGCUUCUUCCUGAUCCCUUUCCAGCCCUGGUGAAUGAUUUCGAUUGUUUAUUCCUUUCCCUGAAUGCUGCCUGACUUGCUGAAUUUCUCCAACAUUUGGUGCGUGUUGACCAAUAUUACUUGAUGGCUUUGAGAUGAAGUUUGCAAACUUGGAUUCAUUAUGGAGUAGAGAGUGUUGAUGUGUUAGAUUUUAUCUAGGCCCUGCUCUGUGUCCGUGGUACCUUCGAGGAGACACCUUGCUGUUGCUCUGCGUGAGCUUGGCCCAUCAUGGAUCGGAUUAAGCCCGUGAUAGCUGGUGCCCGAGCUGCGUUUAACCAGGGCAAAACCCGGCCGCUGGAAUUCCGCAUUCAGCAGCUGAAAGCUCUGGAGACGAUGCUGACCGAAAAGAAGGAUCAAAUCUCGGAGGCGCUCUACAAGGACUUGCACAAGAACGAGUUUGCGGUGGAAGUUUAUGAAAUAUUGGGGCUUCUGGGUGAGAUCAAGUUGGCUAUAGACAAGCUUCCUGUGUGGACGGCACCAGAGCACGUGACGAAGAACGUGUUGACACUGAUGGACAGUGUUUACAUCCACCGAGAGCCUCUGGGUGUGGUUCUCAUCAUUGGAGCUUGGAACUACCCGUUGGCCCUCGUGCUCCAGCCGUUAGUUGGGGCCAUCGCGGCAGGGAACGCCGCAGUCCUGAAGCCGUCGGAAGUGAGUGGGAAUACCGCCCAGCUGCUGGUGGAUCUCCUCCCUCAGUACCUGGACAAGGAUCUGUACCCCGUGAUCACCGGAGGGCCAGAAGAGGCAGCUGAGCUGCUGAAGCACCCCUUCGACCACAUCCUCUAUACGGGCAGUGCUGCCAUCGGCAAGAUUAUCAUGGCGGCCGCUGCUGAGCACCUGACCCCGGUGACCCUGGAGCUCGGCGGGAAGAGCCCGUGCUACAUCGAUAAGGACUGCAAUCUGGACGUUGCCUGCAGGCGUAUAGCGUGGGGUCGGUACACCAACUGUGGGCAAACCUGCAUCGCCCCGGACUACAUCCUGUGUGAUAAAAGUAUCCAAGAUGAGGUGGUGAAGCGGAUCAGCUCCACUACUACAGAAUUUUACGGAUCCAACCCCCAGACAUCCCCGGACUACGGACGAAUCAUCAAUCAACGACAUUUUCGGAGAAUUAUGUCCUUGCUGGAAGGAGUGAAUGUGGCGUAUGGCGGUCAGAAUGACGAAGGAGAUCUCUACAUAGCUCCGACAGUUGUGACUGACGUGGAUCCUGACUCCAAGAUUAUGCAGGAGGAGAUCUUCGGGCCGGUGCUGCCCAUUGUCACGGUCAGUAGUGUGGACGAGGCCAUUGCCUUCAUCAACAAGCGGGACAAGCCUCUGGCUCUCUACGUCUUCUCCCACAACAAGAAGCUGGUAAAGAAGAUGAUAGCAGAGACAUCUAGUGGUGGGGUAACGGCCAACGACUGCUUAAUCCAGUACUCCAUCUCAGCACUCCCGUUUGGGGGCGUAGGUAAAAGUGGCUUUGGGUCGUACCAUGGCAGAUACAGCUUUGAAAUGUUCAGCCAUCGCCGAGCCUGUCUGCUGAAGUCACUGGGCAUGGAGAAAAUGAACAGCAUGCGGUACGCGCCCUCCAGUGACUCAAAACAGAAGUGGAUAAAGUUGCUGUUGAAGCAUCAUGGAGCUGGGAAGAAAUGGGGGUUUAUUCGGAUUGUGGCAUUGGGAGCUCUGCUUUCCAUUGUGAUGAAGCUUUUCUUGAUGUGGUAAUCGACACAAUAUCAUCACAUUAACCUCCCAGCCACUGCACAUGGGACUAUCAGAUUUAUGGAAUCAAGAAUCACUAAUCUCAUUAGAAAACUAAUGAAAGAAACUACUUACAGCGCAGGAUUCUUCAGUAACAAACACCAUUUUGUCACAUUUUGUGAUGAGGGUACUGCAAUGAAGGAGGUAGCACUAACACUAGGCUUGUGAGCCAUAUGGCAGCCCAGGCUGCGAUAUCACAUUUUUCCUACAUGAUAUCAAUGUCACUUUUCUAAGAUAAGAUCACAAAUCUAAUAAUCACUGUUCUGACUUCUGAGUAUGAUCACCUGCCCAGGUUGCUGUGAUUUCACAUUCAUUGUAUCAUCAUUCACAACACCAGCUGGGAGCUUCUGUUGGGAAGGUGGUUCUUUAAAAAUUUUAUUGAUAUUUUUUCCAGCACUUUUUCAAUUAUGAUAAACUAGCAUCAAAGAUUCCCAGUGCUAAUUACACUUCAGUUCAGACUGAGUUUCCACCUUUUUUUUGUGUUUAAAAAUAAUCUCCUUAGGAGCAGGUCCUAUCCACAAACAAUACUAUCCAAAGUCCUCGAUGAAAUUAAUUGACAUGGGGAAUUUCUGAAAAUGUAUUAUUUGUUGUAGUAGAUCACUGAAGUUAGGCUGGCUCUCACAGCAAUCCCAUUUCCCAGCAAGUUUCUUAUAACCUUCCUUGUUUCACAGAGGCCUGAACUCUUCUACCAACUACAUUAGGGCCAAUAAACCCACCUAAACAACACGCCUUGAAACCCACGGAGUCACUGGGAGAACAUGCAAACUCUGCACAGGAACCUAAUUGCACAUUUGUUUUCACCUUUAUGCGGAGGAUUUAAAAAUUAAACCUUGGAUGCUUGGAAUGCAAUAUUAAUUCACUUGUAACUAGCUGCCAAGCAAUGAUUGAUGCAAAUCUGACUAUUUCUAAUAUUCUUAGACCAUGAGACAUAGAAAUAGACCCAGGCUGCUCUAUUUGGCCACCAUAGUCUGCUCCACCAUUAAAUCAUGGCUGAUUCAUUUUCCCUCUCAAUCCCAAACUAAUUUUAGUCAUUUGGAAUCCAGUUAUUCUGAACAAAAUGAUGGAGGAACUCCGCAGGCUAGGCAGCAUCUAUGGAGAGGAAUAAACUGUCGGCGAGACCUUUCCGUCAGCAUUCUGUAUUCUUGUGCAUUCUUAAUUAGAAUAUUGUAUUUUAAAAACUUUUUAAGUGCUAAACAUGUGCAUACCUGUAUUACUCCUCUUCUACCAUCGAUUUAACACAGAAUACAUUUCUUCAAAUGCUGUCCAAUUCCACUGGACAGAGCUGGAAAUGAGUUUCUGCAGAAACUGGGAAGAAGAGAAAGCUGUUUUAAAAAAAAAUAAACAAAUUCUAUUGUGGUAUGCUACAAGGAAAGCUGAUGGAGUUCAAAGUGGAAAGUCCAGUUAUAUUUUUAUCUAGUAUCAAGGUUUUGUAAAACACAGGGUUAUAACCCAGAGAGAUUCUUGUGUCAUGUUGAACUCUUGCCUUAAAGUGAGAAGGUUGUGUGUUCAAGUCCCACUCUUCCCCUUUCAGCAUGUCAUCUCCACAAAAGCCUCUCCACCCUCGGGGGAAUGAUGAAUUCCAUCCAAACAAGGGAAUUUGUCCCAGUGUGCUGGAACCUAUACCUCUCAAUAACAGAAUUGUGCUUAUGGAGCAAACAUAAGAUGCUAGAGGAACUCAGUGGGCCCAGCAGCAUCAAUGAUGAAGAACAAACAGUUGAUAUUUCAGGCUGAGACUAAUCAUCAGCCCAGGUCUUGGCCCAAAAUCUACUGUUCGUCUCCAUAGAUGUUGCCUGACCUGCUGAGUUCCUCUAGCAUCUUGUGUUUGUUCCUCUGGAUUUCCAACCUCUGUAAGAUCCUCAUGUUUAUAACCUAUGCUUAUCAUUUGUCUACCAUUCUGGGGGGGUUUGAUGCUAAUUGCAAUUGCACUGCAAAAGCUGCUUCAUUUGCUAGCAAGCACCUUGGGAACCCUGAAAGGGAAAUGCAAGCUUUCAGCAAAAUGUCUCUAUGGUUGAAGAAUGUAACAUGCAUUUAUGUACAAAUUUAAUAAAACAUUUUUGAUUGUA